CCCUGCCCGCCCCUCAAGGGCGGAGGCUCCGGGGCUCCUCCCUCGCCGGUCCCGGGCUGGCGCGGGCCGGAGGAGGCGGCUCCGGGCCGCGGGAGACGCUCUGUGCCCAUGGCGGCCGCGGCGGAGGGGCCGCCCGAGGCCGGCGCGCAGCCCCCCAAGCAGGAUCCUGCUGUUGAAACUGCAGAGGAAGCUAAGGAGCCAGCGGAGGCAGACAUCAAUGAACUCUGCAAAGACAUGUUCAGCAAAAUGGCCACUUACUUGACAGGUGAACUGACAGCCACCAGUGAAGACUACAAACUCUUGGAAAACAUGAAUAAGCUGACUAGCUUGAAGUACUUAGAAAUGAAAGAUAUUGCUAUAAACAUCAGUAGAAACCUGAAGGAUUUAAACCAAAAAUAUGCUGAUCUUCAGCCAUAUCUGGAACAGAUAAACCUAAUUGAAGAACAGGUUGCAGCUCUGGAGCAGGCAGCUUAUAAAUUGGAUGCAUAUUCCAAAAAACUUGAAGCCAAGUACAAAAAACUGGAGAAACGAUGAAAUUACAACAGUAUGUAAGGUGGAAUUGGGCAGUGAAUCGGAUUAAUCUCUGGUUUUGCACAGCAGCAAUUCUGUAUGUUGACAAGGAUUUGGUUACAGCUGACAUGGAGACUGGAAACUUUUUCCAGCUGUUGAAUACAGUAGGCUGUAUUCAGGCCUAAGGCUGAAUAAUACUUUCCUCUUCUCAAGGGUACUGUUGCCUCAGUUCUGCAGUGAGAAGUAGAAGCUUGUCUUUAGCUCAUGUCGAUACUGGCUAUAUGUGUGUUCGUCCUGUUUUGCACAUGAAAUACUUGGUCUAGGGAAAGUCGUCCAUAAUCUGUAAAGACAUUUUCCCUUAGUAGCAGCAGGACCUAAACUUCAAGUUUUCCUUUGUUGAGCUCUGUUGGGAAGAUACCUGGACCUUUGGACUUAAUGGGUGGGGUAUUGAAAACAUUUCAUUUUGGUAUCCCCUUUUAUCUGUUUGAAAUAGAAAGACUAAUCACAAAUUUACAAUAAACUUGCUGCAUUUA